AUGCGAGUGGCCGAGGACAUGGUCGUGCUGUAUACCCCCAUGGGGCCGCGCGCAGUGAUUGUGAAGUGGUGUAUUAUAACGUGGCUUAGGCGCGGGGGGCGUUUGAGACCCGUGAUUGAUUACGCAUGCUUGAGUGGCGCGACCGUGCGGGCAGUGAGAAAGGACAAGUGGAAACUACCAAAACUACCUCUACCUAGGGAAAUAAUAGACCAAAAGAAAUACUGCAUUCCUGGAGGGACUGCAGAGAUUAGUGCCACUACUAAGAACAUAAAAAUGCAGGGGUGAUGAAUUCCCAGCAUAUCCCCAUUCAACUUGCCUAUUUGGCCUCUGCAGACAAGAGAAUUUUGGAGAAUGACAAUGGUUAAGCUGGUGGUGACUCCAGCUGCAGCUGUUUUACCAGAUGUGUUUUCAUUACCUUAACAAAUUAACACAUUUCCUUGGUACCUGCCAUGGGAGUACUGAUCUGUUAAUUUUCCCUCCAUCCCUGUUAAUAAAGACAACCAGAACCAAUUUUUCACUUGGCAAAAACAAGUAAAUAACUUCAGUAUCCUACCUCAGGGGUACAUCAGCUCCCCAGCCCUAUAAUUUAGUUUCCAUUAUAAUAAUUUAGUUCACAGGGAUCUUAAUUCUCUUUCCCUUCCACAAGAUGUCAUAUUGGUCAAUUACAUUGAUGACAUUAUGCCAUUGGACCUUGCAAGCAAGAAAUGACAACUGAUGAGACAUCUGGAUGUCAGGGUUGGGAAAUAAAUCUAACAAAAACUUAAGAGGCCUUCUAUUACCUCAGUGAAACUUCUAGAGAUCCAGUGGUGUGGGGCAUGUCAUGAUAUCCCUUCUAAGUUGUUGCAUCUGGCUCCUCCUACAACUAAAAAAGAGGCACAAAGCCUAGUGGACCUUGGAUUUUGGAGGCAACCUCUUUCUCACUGGGGUAUGUUACUUCCCAUUUACCAAGUGAUGUGAAAAGCUGCUAGUUUUGAGUAGGGCCCAGAACAAAAGAAGGCUCUGUGACUGCAACAGGUCCAGACUGCUAGGCAAGCUUUGCCUCUUGGGCAAUAAGGCCCAGUAAAUCCAAUAGUGGUGUUUGAAAUAUCAGACGCUGGUAAUGAUGUUGUCUGGGUCCUUUGGCAGGACCCUACAGAUGGGUCACAGUGCAGGCCCUUAGGAUUUUGAACCAAAGCCAUGCCAUUCUCUGCAGUUAACUACUCUCCUUUUGAGAAACAGGUUUUAGCCUGCUACUGAGACUUAGAGACAAACAAAACCAUGGGCCACCAAGUUACCAUCAUAAACUGGGUAAAUGGUCAGGUGUGUGAUUCACAGACUGUGGCCAGUGGUUUGGCUGGGUGAUCAGGAGCUUGGAAGGAACAUGAUUGGAAAAUUCAUGUGAAGGAAGUCUGGAAAAGAGGUAUAGACCUCUCUGCAUGGGUAAAAGUGAAGCUCUUUGUGUCCCAUGUUAAAUGCUCAGCAGAAGAGGAUUUUAAUAAAGUGGAUAGGAUGACCCAGUCUGUGGACACCAUUCGGUUCUUUCCUCAGCCACCCUAUCAUCACCAGUGGGUUCUUGAACAAAGUAGCCAUGGUGGCAGUGAUGGCCAUUACCCAUGGGUUCAGCAACAUGAGUGUCCACUCAUUAAGGCCAAUCUGGUUAUAGCCACUGCUGAAAGCCCAAUCCGCCAGCAACAGAGACCAACACUGAGUCCCCGAUAUGGCACCAUUCUCUGGUGGCAGGUUGAUAACAUUGGACUGCUUCCAUCAUGGAAGGGGCAAUAUUUUUUUCUUUCUAAAUAGAACAGACACUCUGGAUACAGAUUUGCCUAUACCGUACAUAAUGCUUCUGUCAAAACUACCAUCAGUGGACUUAUAGAAUGCCUUCUGAUAUGGUAUCAUGGUAUUCUAAACAGCAUUGCUUCUGAUCAAGGAACUCAUAUCACAGUAAUUGAAGUACAUCAGUGGGCCCAUCUUCAUGGAAUUCACUAGUCUUCCCAAGUUCCCCACCAUUCUGAAGAAGCUGUGACAGAAUGGAAUGAUGUUUUAAAGACUCAGUCACAAUGCCAGCUAGGUGGCAGGGUCUUGCAGGGCUGGGGGAUGGUUCUACAGAAGGCUCUUUAUGCUCUGUAUCAGCAUCCAGUAUCUGGUGCUGUUUUUCCCAUAGUCAGGAUUCAUAAGGCCAGGAAUCAUGGGGUAGAAAUGGGAAUGACACCACUCACUAUUACCCCUGGUGACCCAAUAGCAAAAUUUUUGCUUCCCCUCCCCACAACCUAUGCCUGCUACACAGAGGUCUUAGUUCCAAAGGGAGGAAUGCUUCUACCAGGAGGAGAAAAAAUGAUUCCAUUUAACUGUAAAUUAAGACUGCUACCCAACCACUUUGGGUUUCUCAUCCCUCUGAAUCAAAAGGCAAAGAAGGGAUUAAGGGUGCUGGCUGUGGUGAUUCAUCUUAACUACCUAGGGGAGGCUGGACUGCUACUCCACAAUGGUGAUAAGGAGGAGUAUGUCUAGAGUAUAGGAGAUCCUUUGGGGCUUCUCUUAAUGUUACCCUGCCCUAUGAUUAAGGUGAAUGGCAAACUACAAACUAUAAAGGCAGGCUUAUUCAUGGGCCACACACCCAAGAAUGAAUUUUGGGUCACCCCACCAAGUAAAGAACCAUGACCAACUGAGGAGCUUGCUAAGGGCAAAGGGAAUAUGGAAUGGGUGAUGGAAGAAGGUGGUUAUAAAUGCCUAUUAAAACCAUGGGACCAGUUUCAGAAAUUGGACUAUAAUUGUCAUGAGUGUUUAUUUUGUUGUGUGUAUAUAUGUAUAUAAAUCUUUAUUCCUUUUUUAUACCAUUAUCAUGUAAUAUAAGAUGUACUGACCUUAUAGUAUAUAAGUAUUACUAACUUUACAUCAUAAUACUUAAGUUGUGGGAUAUAAGGGAGAAAAGUAAACAUUAUGCAAGACUUUGCACCCUCUUCUGGGAAAGGAUUUGUGUAUUUUUUGGUUGUAUGCAAGAUAGUUGUAUUAUGUUAGGUGGAAGUAUGUCC